AUGGCAGUGCAAUUCUCCAUCUACACUUGCCAGCCGAUUCCGACCGCCGCCAGCUCCCCUGAUCCAUCAUCAAAGGACUCUGGUCUUUGGUCACCCCUCUCUUGCACUCUUAUCUAUACACCGACUACCGCCGUUUUGGUGGAUUGUCCUGCAAGCAUCGCCGCCACUAGGGAACUUGCAUCAUGGAUUAAAUCUACCUUACCAGCCGGCUGCACCUUGAAGCACUUCAUCGCCACUCACGCCCAUGGGGACCAUUUCUUUGGGUUCCCAGUCUUGAAAGAAUUCUUCCCUUCCGUCACAGCUAUUGCCACCAAGAGUGUAGUUGAAGGGGUUGAAUCUCAAUACGCCCCUGAGCUCUACGAAGCGCUCUGGAAGGUUCAUUUUCCCUCAGCUGAAGCCGGCACUGGCAUGCCGGCGGAAAGGGCCGAGUUUGUAGCCCUUCCACCGUCCAACGAGGUCGAUCUUGAUGGGCACUUGGUCAAGCUCUACGACGUCCCACACGGUGAUACCCACGCCAACUCCUUCGUCCACUUGCCCGAGUUAGGACUGGUGGUCGCGGGUGACAUCGUCUACAACGGGGACUGUCACCAAUGGCUUGGUGAGGCCGCCACCCACGACAAACGGGCGCAGUGGAUCGAGGCCCUUUCGCAGAUUGCGGCGUUGAAGCCUAAGGUGGUUGUACCUGGGCAUACUUUCACGCCUGCGACAGAGCCCAACGAAGCUCUUGCUCUGUCAAUGCUGAAGAGCACCGAGGAAUACAUUCGGGCAUUUGAGGAUGAGCUUGGGGAUGCAAAUGACAAGGAUGAAUUGUUCCAGAGAAUGAGGUCUCGUCAGUCCAGAUGGAAUCUCUGGAUUCUGAAUGGGGGAUGUCAGGCCGGGAUCGCGACGAAGCAAGGUUGA